UGUUGCCGGGGAGCGCCGGAAGUGAUGGCCAACCUUCCGCGAGUAUUGGCACACGCAGCAUGAGCAUCCCAUGGCCUGGCACACCCGAAAGGCCCCCUCAUUCUGCCCCAAUUUGCAAUCUCCAUCCACUUCCUAAGCUAUCCUGAUACUCAACCCGUCAACCCCGUCCGCCACCAUGAGACCCAUCGCCAUCUCAAGCACGCUCCUCUUCUGCACAACAGCGACAGCUGCUGCCGUGGUCCCUCCCCCGGCCGAGGAACUCCGCAUCCCGACCUCGUACGAAUCCGCCGUUCUCGGCCGGCGCAUCCUUGCCCUCACCCCGCUCGGCACACUCUCCACCGUCUUCCCACAGGACAAACACAGCAGCAACAGCGAUGGCCCCUCGACACAGGAGAGACGACCCGCAGGUCUCGGCGGCAUGCCGUACGGCCUGAUGGAAUACAUCGCCGACUGCGAAGCCGACGACGCCGGCAAUCCGACCAUCCUCGCCAUCACCAUCGGGACGACCUUCAAGAACGCCGCCGCGGGGAGCAACGUGAGCCUGGCGGUGCAGUGGACGCCGCCCCACCCGCCCGCGAAGCGGAUCAAGAGCGGGCGGUGGAGCUGGCUCUCCUCCUACCUGGGCCUGUCCGGCGCUACCGCCGCCGCCGACGACGACGACGACGACGACAACCAAGACGACCAGCAGCACCACCAUGACGCCGCGCUCCCCUACUCGGCGGCCAACCUCCCGCGCUUCUCGCUGCUGGGCCACCUCGAGCGGAUCGAGGGCGGCGACGACCGCGAGGGGGAGGUUGGCGCCGCGCUGGCGAGCUGCUACGUCAAGUCGCACCCCGACGCGCGGUACUGGCUCCCGGGGAACCGGAUCCACGAGGCGCACUUUGUGCGGCUUGUUGUCGAGCAGGUUUACUGGGUUGGCGGGUUUGGCGACCGCGCGUUUAUCGGGUGGAUCCCUGUUGAAGAGUGGCAAAAUGUUACGCGGGAAGAGUGGCAAAACGCUCGCCUGCCCGGCGAGAAGAAGGGGUGGAAGGAGUGGUCCGUCCAGGCGGAUUUGUAGGUGGCUUUUUCUGAAACUGGGUUUGGUUUGUCAGGUGGGCUCGCGGAUGCGGUUGUAGAAGUUGGUCAAGGACUCUAUAGUUUGUACUAAUGUUCAUUCAUGAUCUCUUACGCAGCAAACAUAAUUCGUUUAGCAUUCCCUGGGUUCCGUAACCAAACCAGCGGCUGAAUUUAUGCGC